UUGCCUCUCAGUCUCAGUGAAAGGUAGCGAAGCUGCCUUUCAGGCAAAGCUGAGGGAAGGAAUGCCACUGUUUAUUCAAUGCUGCUGCUGGGGCUCUCUGAUAAACACAAGACUGUCAACAUAGAAACAUGGCUGCCUCUGCGACGAGCAAGGCGAAUAACAGAGAUAACGCUACUACAGACGGUCCGAAAUGUCACGAAGAGUCUCUGUCGCAGUCACGGGAAAUAAUAAAACCCAGCAUCACGGAGCUGACUAAAGAAGUGAGGACGAACAUCCUCUGCACCGUGGAAGGAUGUGGGAAGAUUCUCCCCAACACACCUGCAUUGAACAUGCAUCUUGUUAAGUCACACAGAAUAAAGGAUGGUCUUGUCAAUCCUACGGUCAGAAAGGACAUGAAGGGCCCUCAGAAGCUUUACUGCUGUCCAAUUGAAGGAUGUCCCAGAGGGCCUAACAGACCUUUUUCCCAGUUCUCCCUGGUUAAACAACACUUCAUGAAGAUGCACGCAGAGAAGAAACACAAGUGCUUUAAGUGCAACAAUGGCUACAGCACCGAGUGGGACCUAAAGAGGCACAUAGAAGACUGUGGGAAGACCUACCACUGUACAUGUGGCUGCCCCUAUGCUAGCAGGGCUGCUCUACUCUCGCAUGUCUACAGGACCGGUCACGAGAUUCCUACAGAACAUAGAAUUCCUCCAGUAAAAAAGCGAAAAAUGGAGAAACUGUUGAGCGGUUCUGAAAAGGUUAAGGCCAAUGAGUCAACCUGUCAGAUCAUGCCUGCUAGUAAAGAGCUGACAGAGACUUCUCUCCCUUCUGAUACAACUGUUCAUAUCCCAGACUCAUUGAAUCAGAACUCCAACCCCCGUAAGAUCCUCCAGAAGUUGCUUCUGCCAAAGCCCAAGAUGGCUUUGGUCAGUGUUCCUGUGAUGCAGCUGGCCCACCUGCCAGUCCUUCUUCCAUCUACAGAAAGCGGGGCUCUGAGGUCUGUGGUGCUGGCAGUAGACGGUCAAGGCUCCGUCCGCACCCUGCACCUCCUGCCACAAGCCAUGGGAGCUGUGGUACCCCAACUUGAUGCUAAGAGUUUGUGUUUCAAGGAUAGCAUGCCUACUUCCCGCUCUAGCCUGGGGCCCAUUAACAUUGGGGUGCAGGUCAGUCUGGACACUGCAGGCACAGAUGACUCAGCCAGCCUGGCAGGGCAACGGGGAAGAAGCACCUCCACCAACAUUCAGACGGACAAAUCCUACUUGUCAACAAUGCUCACAGGAGUGGGGGUUGGGGAGGGGAUGGGGUUGUGCUCUGUGGGUGAGUCCUGUGUGUCGUCCUGCUCCCAAACAGACAUCAGCGUGAGUGCCCAAGUCCUCCUGCCAGUCAGUGUUGAAACCCAGACGUUCUCCUCCCGGACUAAAGCCACAUCCUCUAUUGGUGCUCAGACAGACAGCCAGUGCAUGAGUCAAAUUCCUUGCUCCACCUCAUCUGUGCCCCCAUACAAAACCAGGCAGACACAGACCUAUUUUGCCGUGCCACAGUUAGAGGAGAAGGCUCAGGACCAGGCUAUCAUGUGCUCUGACCUAUUCGGCAGUGACUCCCUCAGUGUCUCCACUCAGACCGCUCUGGAGAUAGAUGAUACCCUCACUGCUGCAGGAAGCAGUAUGUAUGAGGACUCAAAGUCAGCUGGUGGUAUGUGUUUUGGGGUGCAGACAGAUGAGUUCAAUUCAAACAGCAUGGCAGAUAACCAGACCCAAACAAUGACCUUGUUAAAUGACCUAGAAAAUAUUCUGUCUGACAGCAUGUCAGGCCACCAGGUGCUCACCGAGGCCUCUGCAGGCUGCGGCUCAGGUCUGGAAUCUGUUCAGGAGCAACACAAUAGCAUUGACUUUGACUUUGAAGAGUUUCUCAACGCCGUGCACAUUCAGACACAGACAGAGGAGAGUGAGCUGGGAGGGCUGGGUGGCGACACGCCGCUGGAGUCUCUGGACAUCCAGACCCAGACAGACUUCCUCCUGAUGGAUGAACUGGACCAAAGUGAGGGACCAAGUCGAGUACAAGCCAGCGACCUGGAGCUAUUUGAUACUCAAACUCAGACUGACCUCAAUUUUCUGCUGAACGCCGGAAGCCACAUGCCCCUGAGCAGCAUCCUACGACACUCAAGCUUUUCCAUGAGCACCGAGUCUUCAGAUACAGAAACGCAGACCGAUCUCCCUUCAUUUGCCACAGGUCUCUCUGCUCAGACUCCUGUGAGUCAGGGUGAGCAUGCAAGGCUGCUGAACAGCACAGAGACACAGACUGUGACCAGCCAGGCAGAAGGCCUAGGACACCUCUUCCUAACGAGCAAUGAAACACAAACUGUCAUGGAUGACUUCUUGUCGGCAGACAUGGCGUGGAAUAUGGAGUCUCAUUUCAGCUCUGUGGAAACCCAGACAUGUGAGGAGCUCUGCGCUCUCUUUCAGCACUCUGAGAAACCCAACAGCUGAAGCCCUCUUAGUGAAGCUGCCUAAGCUUUUGCAGUACAGGUUUUACAGUAUAAUGGCUGGCCAGUUCCUGUAAAAGGAAUCAGUCUACGCUGUCCUCCAGCGGACCACGUGACCAUGUCUUUGAACAUUCCACUGGAGACAUCAUGUCCAGAGCCUUUCCAGGUAUACUGUAUAUCCCGACUAUCUCUGUUGCACUUUAUUAGCUCAACGGGCAUGAUUUAUCAGCUCUUUAUCAGUGACAGUUUACAUAUUUAUUUGCACAUAAAGUAACAUUGUAUGUGUCUUGUCUGAAAUGCCAGUUUACUUCUUUGUUUUAGUGUAUAACCACUGUGACUGGUUUUCACCGUUUGAUCUUACUAUCAAUUUAAAAAUGACUCAACAUUUCAUUAAUGUCAGAUUUGCACUUAAAAGGGAUGACAUCUUUAAAUGUGCGUGGCUGUCGAGAAAAGGCUUAUAAAAUUGUUGUUGUAUGGCAGAUAUACUGCAUGAAAACAAUUUCAUCUCAGCUGUACAGCAAAGAACAUUGUGCAUUUAGUUUACGUAUAUGUUUGGAAAAGAGCAUGAAGCCUUCACUGAGUCAGCAGCACAGAAACAUAAAAUAUCUCUUCUCAGCUUGUGCGUCUAAUGGCUGCCUCGUUGACGUUGCCUUGUCAGCGGCAGCAAGACUAUAAACUCUGAAUGACAUCCUGCAAGCUUCAUGUUACCCAAAAAUAAAACCCCAUAAAGGCUCAACAGUGAACAAGGCAUUGCUCAAAGCCGUUAAGAUGUAUAUCUCUGAAACAUACCGUUACUCUACAGAUGUGGCACAAGUAAAAAUGAAUUGUCUUGUCAGUUGUUGCACACCUUUUAUUGAAAUGUGAUUAUGAAGUUUGAUGUUGUUCAAGUCAGUAAGCAGACUAGGCUGCCAUUGUCUUUGACUUAUUCAUUAGCUGGGUGUAAGUGUAUGCAGUAGCAGUCCUCUGCUGAAGUGAUCCAGUAAUUUUACUGUACAGCAACACAUAGUGGAUUAGCACAGGGCUAUUGUACAUGCUCACCACCGGUUUUGACUGAAAGGAGUCCUGUUGAAUUUCUUCCGAUUUCACCCUUAACAAUCAGACACACUAGGUUCAUUUUGUAUCUCUUCUCCAAGCAACUAAACUUAAUGUUUUGAUUUCAUUUUACUGGUGCACUGAGUUACCUCAUGAAGCACAGGCACCACAUGCAGACUGUGCUCUACUUAGGAACCCAGAGCUAUAGGCCUUGAUUAUUUGUUCAUUUUGUUACGUUGGUGCCUUAACCCAAGUAUUACCUUUUUUUUUGUUCUGUUACAAUUUGCUGCUUUAAAAUAGUUAUUUAUCAGAAUUACACUGGAAUUUGUUUUGGAAAAUGAACAAGCACUGAAAAUGUGUCCUAAUCCUUUCAGUCUUUGCAUGUUUAAUCCAUUCUGUAUCGGUUUGCAUGAAGUAGUGGAAUGUCCCUAAUCGUUCUCCAUAGUUUCUAUGUGGAGAGAUUUAUAUUCUGUCACAUGAAAAAUAAUGCUAUGCAGCGUUUUAUUGAAGAGAAUUAGUUUGAUACCAUCCAUCUCACUAUUUUUAUUUUAUUGGGUGGUUCAUGCUGUUACAGUUUAUAGAUCUUUGUAGAAACGGAAGAAUGUACAGAACAUGACACUGUGCCCAAGUAUAACCUGCUCUAUUUUUUUGCACCAUUUCCAAAAUGUCCCUGUGUUUAUAAGGAUUUUGACUCUAAACUUCCAAAUGUCUUGUAUUGAGAUCAGUACUUUUAGUUUGUGGUUCUUGAAUUCAAGUGCAGCAGUAUAGCUUCUCCCUGCUGGUUUAGUGGCACAGGGAAACGCCUUGCUUUAAACAGAACUAUGUGUUGAAGCCUUGUCAGUCUCAAGUGUCAGUUACAGUGCUUUAUUUUCUCUCUGUAGGGAAUGCAUGCAGAUAUUUUCCCAGCACAAAAUAUUUGUUUUAGCAGAAUUUUGAGUUUCUGUUGCCUAUAUGUGUAGAGUUAAUGGUUGCCUUGAUUAAUUAUUGAAGCUACACUACAAGAUGUUCUUAAUAAACUGCUGGAAUGUGUA